UCUCUCUCUCUCUCUCUCUCUCCAUAUAUACAUUUGUCUCUCCUCUUCCCACAAAACCCGACAAAUGGCCGUUAAUUUCAUCACCAUCACUCGGCCCCUCUCUUUCUCUCUCUAAAAUGCAACUGACCUCUCAGUUUGGCAAUUCUCUGUUCGCUGGCCGUUACAGAGACAGCAACACAAGUUUCACUCUCAAUUUUCUCUCUCUCUCCCUCUCUCUUAAUUUCUAUAUCUGUUUUUUCCUCAUUUGUUCAAUUCAAUUUUGCCGAUCCCACCACUCCCUCUCUCAUCACCAUCGUGAUAGCUUUCUGUGAAUUAAAAUUUCAAUGCUCUAUGGAAGCAACUAUGCCUUGAAGAUCAAUAUAAUCAGAAACUAAACACACACACACACAUAGAGAGAAAUGUUGGAUCUCAAUGUUGAUAUAGACUCUGUAGAUUCAACUUGCGGUGAAAGCAAGGCAAUGAUCACAAUCGAGAAGCUUCCGCGAGGUGUCGGAGCUCAAAUGGAUGAUUCAGGAACUCCAAAUUCCUCUGUCAUCAACUCCGACGAAGCUCCCAAAAUUGGAGGAGACGAAGACUCCAUCUCUCCUUUCAAUUUCGAUAUCUUAAACAAAGGCAAAGAUAGCACCGUAAACAUUAUCGAGAUCGAAGCCGAAUGCGAUGAUAAUUCGGCUUCGCCCUUAGUUACAAUGCAACUUUUCCCGGUCGCCGGAGACGGAGAUAUUGGUGAUUCGACGGGUUUUGUCUCUGGAUCAUCUUCAGCCAUGUCUUUGUUGCGGUCACAAUGGUUGAAUCUCUCGGCUCCGGAGUCAGCUUUAGAGCCAGAAUUGAGAAGUUCUCAGCAACCAAAGCAGCAGAAGACGAAGAGCCGGAGAGGGCCAAGGUCUCGGAGCUCACAGUACCGCGGAGUUACGUUUUACAGGAGAACUGGACGAUGGGAAUCACAUAUCUGGGAUUGUGGGAAGCAAGUGUACUUGGGUGGAUUUGACACUGCUCAUGUGGCUGCUAGAGUGUAUGAUCGUGCUGCAAUCAAAUUUAGGGGAGUUGAUGCUGAUAUCAAUUUCAAUAUAAGUGAUUACAAGGAAGAUAUGAAACAGAUGGAGAACCUAACUAAAGAAGAGUGUGUGCAAGUACUCCGUCGCCAAGGCACUGGGUUCUCUCGGGGAAGCUCAAAAUAUAGAGGAGUGACCCUACACAAAUGUGGUCGAUGGGAAGCUCGGAUGGGUCAAUUACUAGGGAAAAAGUAUAUGUAUCUUGGGUUAUUUGACAAUGAAGAGGAAGCUGCAAGGGCCUAUGAUAAAGCAACCAUCGAAUGCAAUGGACGGGAAGCUGUCACCAACUUUGAGCCUAGUACCAACGAAGUGGGGAGAGUUCUGGGUGCCAAUGAUGGAGUCACUGGCCACAAUCUUGAUCUGAAUCUCUGGAUUUCAUCCCCUUCGUAUGGUCCUAAGAGCAACAACAACAUCAGAGAUCUGAACUUCCAUUGCGCUUCUUCUGAAAUGCCUGAUGGAAAAAGAUCAAAGGUUGAGAGCUCUGUUUCUGCUCCUAUGGGGUUACAAAUUCCCCAUGGUCUUAUGCCAUCAAAGCAUCCUCCCAUGUGGUCUAGCAUGUAUCCCACAAACUAUGAGGAAAGAGCAAUAAGAAAGGGGAGUGAAGCUAUUCCCUCUCCAGUAUUCUCAAAAUGGACAUGGCAAAUGCAAGGUCAAGGCAUGUUCAACCCCGUGCCACUGCCGCUAUUCUCUAAUGCAGCAUCAUCAGGAUUCUCUUCUGCCACUGCUUUGUCAACUACAUUUCCGCCGCUAAAUCCACACAUGACAUGACAAAAGCCCACAGAAACUGGCCUUCAACUCCCUCAUAUAGCACUUUUCAUUUCCACAAUUUCAAGGGCUAAAAAGAUACUGUGCAUACAACAAUUUGACUACAUUUCUUUGGAAGUUCAGGUGGGCAGGAAGGUAGACCAAUUAAAGUAGCAUACGAAUUUUUUUUUAUUUGUUUAUGAUUUGUGUGGCUAGGACUCCAUAUUAAUCGAGCCAAUCUAAGUAAUAUUGUUUCUUUCUGGAGCUUGGCUCAAACUUGGACAAUUAAGCUCCUUUCAAUGUGUGUUCAAGCUUGAUUUGUGUGAUUUUAGAGAGAUUGAGCUCGGUUCGGCUUGGCUUUUGA